UGCCUGGGGGGGAAGGAUUCGAGGCCAUUGAGGAUCACAAUAGGGGGUCUCUGCUCCCGACUAGGAGGGGAAAACAAAAGGGGGCCUGACUUGAGUUAUUCCCUGUCCAACAGUCGAUGUGGAGGAAGGGAACGCAAUACCGUCUCCAAACAGCCGCCGACACGCUGUUUCCAUGGGGGCGUGGCUUCGGGCAAGCCAAUCGACGCCUUGCUUUAGGGGUUGGUGCCGCCCCUUUUUCCUGGAGCGACGGUUCCUGGAUGUGUUUCUUGAGCGACAUCGUGAGGGGCGUGGCUCCGCGCCGGCGAGAGCGGUUUCACACAGUCAGACGCACGUCAUUGGCUGAUCCUCUUCCGUGGGGGCGGGCCCUAAGGCUUCCGCGCUGCCUUUUGGGUUGUACGACGCUUAGGAGAGCCAAUCGCAGUCAUUUGGGGGACGAAGCAGCCACUCUCCUUGUUUAUGGUUUUUUUUUUUUUAAUACACAAUGGGCGGAUCUUGGCCUAAACUCAAACCCCAGUCCAGGGACUGGUUUCAGGGCAAAGCUGCCAUGCUCUCCGGGAGCCGCGGGCGGCCCCGGCAGCGGCUCGGGGAUCGGGGCUUCAUGCAACCGCCCGCACUUUCCAAGCGCCGCCUGCUGCCGCGAGUGCGGCUCCUGCCUCUGCUACUGUUGGUGCUGGCUCUGGGCUUGGCUUUCUACGUGGUCUGGUACGGCUGGAACCCGGGAUUUGAAGAGCUGUCACGGAGCCGGGAUCUGCGGGCCCCGCUGAUCGGAAGCCUUCCAGAAGCCAAGCUGCGGAGGGUGGUAGGGCAGCUGGAUCCGCAGCGUCUCUGGGGGACUUUCCUGCGCCCCCUGCUGAUUGUGCGACCCCCAGGUAGUCCUGGCAAUGUCCAAGUGAGAAAGUUCCUGGAGGCCACGCUGCGGUCCCUAUCAGCAGGCUGGCAUGUGGAACUGGACCCUUUCACAGCUUCAACACCCUUGGGGCCACUGGACUUCGGGAACGUGGUGGCCACACUUGACCCGGGAGCUGCCCGUCACCUCACCCUCGCCUGCCAUUACGACUCCAAGUUCUUCCCUCCUGGGUCAUCCCCUUUCGUGGGGGCCACAGAUUCGGCGGUGCCCUGUGCCCUGCUUCUGGAGCUGGUCCAGGCCUUUGAUGUGAUGCUGCACAGAUUCAAGAAGCAGGCAGCACCGGUGACCCUGCAGCUGCUCUUCUUGGAUGGGGAGGAGGCGCUGAAGGAAUGGGGACCAAGGGACUCCCUUUAUGGCUCCCGGCACUUAGCUAAAAUCAUGGAGUCUACACCGCACAGCCCCGGUCCCACUAGGAUCCAGGCUAUUGAGCUCUUUGUCCUUCUUGACCUUCUGGGAGCACCCAGUCCAAUCUUCUUCAGUCACUUCCCCCGCACAGCGCGCUGGUUCCAACGACUGAGGAGCAUCGAGAAGCGCCUUCACCGUCUGAACCUACUGCAGUCUCACCCACAGGAAGUGAUGUACUUCCAACCCGGGGAGCCCCCCAGCUCCGUGGAAGAUGACCACAUCCCCUUCCUCCGAAGAGGGGUCCCGGUGCUCCACCUCAUCGCCACGCCCUUCCCUGCUGUGUGGCACACACCUGCAGACACUGAGGCCAACCUCCACCCGCCCACCGUGCACAACCUGAGCCGCAUCCUUGCUGUGUUCCUGGCCGAGUACCUGGGACUCUAGCCUGCAGACCAAACCUUAGAAGGAUCUUACACUCAGCGGGGACAUGACAGGGGCAUCUUGAGCCAGUGCGGGGUGGCCAGGCUCACCUCAGAUGUAUGCUACAACCAUCUCAAGGCACUGCAUUUCAAGGACAUGCCAGGAACA